AUGGCGGUGGAUCAAGCCGUACGCAAUUACUCCCAAUAUCGCAAUCUGAACCUCAGUCUUUCGUUUCAACUCCUCAACAACUUCCGGUCCACAGUUCUUCCACUACCAUCAAAGAUGCAGUUCUUCACCAUCAUCGCUCUCUUGGCGCCUCUGGCCCUCGCAGAGACCUGGAACCUUUCGGGCACAUGCUCCAACGACCUCACUUGCGAGAUCGACGACCAGUACACCAGCUCUACGCUGGUUUGCGGCAACCAGAACGGACACUUCUCUGGCGAAGGCAAUGCAGGAAAGACGAGUUGCACUCCUGCUGGCACCAAGUGCACUCAUGUCUGGACUUGCUAG